AGAGUGCAUUUUUCGAUUUUUACAAUGUCUGAUUUGAUUGAGCAGAGAAGUGCCAUCAAAUUUUGUUUGCGGAAUGAAAUUUCGGCUGCGGAAACGUUUAGCAUGUUGCAGAAGGCUUUUGGUGAUUCGACCAUGUCGCAGAAAAAUGUUUAUAAGUGGUACAAAGACUUCAAAGAGGAGGGUCACGAACGUCUUGAUGACUUGGAGCGCUCCGGACGACCAUCGACGUCAACAGAUGACCAACACGUCAAUAAAGUGAAGGAGUUAGUGUUCAAAACUCGUCGGUUGACUGAUAAAGACCAUACAGAUAUGAUCGGAGUAUCAGAAGGACCUGUGAAAACCAUUUUGAAAGACCAUUUGGGCCUACGAGAAGUGAAAUCUCGUUUGGUACCGAAAACUCUCAAUUUCUUGGAAAAAAGUCGUCGCGUUGAUGUGUGUGAAACAAUGCUUUCAGACUAUCAGGACAAGCUCAAAUGCAUCAUUACGGGAGAUGAGACUUGGAUCGACGGCUCACAUGUAGCGCUGAAGCUACUGAAAACAAAUUUCAUCAAUUUUCGUCAACGCAAACACAGCACCACGGAAGGACACCAACGAAUAGGUCACUGCUGCCUUUGCAAUACGCACGUUUAUGGCAUCGAACACUUACAAACAAAACAACAAGUAGGCAAACAACAACUGAACGGUAUACAACAAUCCACUCAACGGCGACGCAAACGACGACAGCUUGAACGGCCCAGUACAGUUGGCAGCAGUCGAGGUUGGCGCAGCAUUGCUGAUACGCAUUGCAAGCGACAGCAACAAGAGAAAAAAUACUGCAUUGACGCACCGCAUGUUGCCACAUUAGUUUGCUGA